AUGUUCCUCGCUCAAGCCUUACUUGGUGGAGGGAGCAGUGGUGGAGGGGGCCUUGCAAGAGGUCUGGGAGGUCUUUUAGCAGGAGGUGGACAAGGAAGAGGGAAUCUUGGAGGACUCGUUGGAGGACUCGUCAACAUUAUCAGUGAGGUAGCAGCUCAGUACACCCCAGAGCCACCCCCAACUCCUCGCAGCCACUUCAUGAACGUGGAAGCCGGCGAGAGUGAGGAGAUUAGUCAGUUCCGACGACUCUUUGUCCAGCUGGCCGGAGAUGACAUGGAAGUGUGUGCCACGGAGUUGAUGGACAUUCUAAACAAGGUGGUGGCCAGACAUAAAAACCUGAAGACAGAGGGCUUCAGCCUGGACACAUGCCGGAGCAUGGUGUCAGUCAUGGACAGUGACACAACCGGCAAGCUGGGCUUUGAGGAGUUUAAGUACCUGUGGAACAACAUCAAGAAGUGGCAGUGCGUGUACAAAGAACACUACUCCGACCAGUCAGGAACUCUUGGGAGUGCUCAGCUGCCAGACGCAUUCAAGGCUGCAGGGUUCCAGCUGAACGAACAGCUCUACCAGAUGAUCAUUCGCAGAUACUCCGAUGAAAAUGGGAGCAUGGAUUUCAAUAACUUCAUCAGCUGCUUGGUGCGACUGGAUGGCAUGUUCCGUGCCUUCAAAUCCCUGGACCAAGAUGGAGACGGCCUGGUGAACAUGAACAUUCAAGAGUGGCUGCAGCUGACCAUGUACUCCUGAGGGAGCACACUGGAAUGGAACACACUCCAACUGUGUGCUCUUGUUUAUACUGGUGUUAACUAACUGGAGCCUUUCUCCUUCUUCAAG